AUGACUUCCAUGCUCAUCAUGAUGAAAAAGCCUCAACAUUCGGAUCAUCGAGAGUAUUACAAUAUUCUACUCCAGGAUCAUACGAAUUCCAACCGAAUUCAUUCAUUACACUUGAUGGAACCCGUGGUGAGUGUAGAACCUCCAACUCAGAGUUUUCAUCAUGAACUUGAUAUUCUUCAUCAUUCAAUUCCUUCCUCGACUGGUUUCAAUACUUCCUCUCAAUCAUCAUCAUGUCCUUUCAUGAGAAAUGUCAUGAAUGAUGAAAGGCUGUUCAAACCUUCUGAAGAACCUGCACGUAUUACCCAACCAUCCUCUCAACAUCAAGGCUUUUCUUUUCAAACUACAAAUACAUUACACUGUCAUCAAGAAUCUUUUGAACCUUCUCAACAAGAGAAUUUGAGUCCAAAAUCAAAAUUUUCAUCUUCACUUCCUUAUUUUGUUCAACCUUUGAAAAAACGUAAUCGAGAAAGUUAUGAAUCUCUUUGCAAUCAACAACAUGUGAAACAUUUGACGCCUCCUCAUCAUGACGUGUCAGCAUUCGGUGCUGUUCUUCCUCCUGUACAUAAAAUUGCCAAACGUCAUUCACAAUUGAUGGGACGAACAUCACCUCCAAUUACAACGCUGGAACAAGAAGACACUUCUUCUGCCAGCAGCCAACAUGAAAAUGAUGUCAGCACAACCACUACUGAAUCAUCAUACUCGUCACAAGACGAUCCAAAUGAUGAACACACUUGUACGACAUCCAACAUUGAACCAUCCCAUUCCUCUUUCACUGUAGAAUAUGAACUUCCCAAACGAAAAUCAAAUCGUGGUAGAAAACCAAAAGCAAGAAAAGUCAAUGUGAAUGAAGGACCUUGGACUGAGGAAGAACAUGAACAAUUUCUGAAGGGUUAUCGAGAGUGUGGCAAGAAUUGGAGUAAAAUUGCUGAUUUGUAUGUGCCUUCGAGACGAAGGACGCAAAUCGCUUCACAUGCCCAAAAGUGGUUCAGAAAACAAGAUAAAAAGUAA